CGCAUUCCUUGGUUGACGAUUCAACGACUACAAUUUGUCAAAUAUAACCGUCUCUUUGUGUAACCCCCCCAAUUCUCUCUCUCUCUCUCUCUCUCUCUCUGAGGAAACGAUCAGAAACUGGAAGAAGAAAAGAAACACCCUAACCCACCUCCCAAAUUGAAACCGAAAUCAUCACGGCUUUAUUUGGAAUUGGAUCGCUCCGGUGGACAAUCCACCACCACCACCACCACAGCAAUUCCCUAAUCCAGGUCCGGCGGAUACCUAAUCAAGUGGAGGAGGUCGACAAACACCGUAACCCUUCCCCUCACGGCGGCAGGGGUGCCCUCCCUUCCGAAGGAGGCUGCCCUUCCGAUCUCCUCUUCCUCGCCGGCGGCGGCGUUUCCCUCCCCUCUUCCCUCCUAAUCUAACCAAUUUUUUUCUUCCUUUUUCUUACCACCUUAAUUGGUAUUCGUACAUACACAUAUACAUACAUACAUAUAUAUACGCAGAUUUGACUGCAACUACGAUGUUGACUAUAAAAAGGGUUCCGACUGUUGUUUCGAACUACCAGGAAGAUGGUUCGGAAGAUACCAACAAGAUCCAUCCCCCCCUUGGUUGUGGCCGCAAUUGCCUCUGCAACUCCUGCUUACCUGUUUCUAAGCUUCCUCUAUAUGCAUUCAAGAAAAAUGAAGAUAAGCCCAUUGAUAAAGGCAAUGAUGAUUCUUUUGAUGAAGGGCGCCCAAUAGCUUUCCUGAGCAAUUUGUUGCUGGGGCAGUGGGAGGAAAGAAUGACCCGAGGGCUCUUUCGGUAUGAUGUGACCACCUGUGAGACAAAAAUUAUUCCUGGAAAUUACGGUUUUAUUGCACAGCUGAAUGAAGGACGCCACCUGAAAAAGCGGCCCACUGAGUUUCGUGUUGAUCAGGUUCUUCAACCUUUUGAUGAGAAGAAGUUCAACUUCACCAACAUUGGCCAAGAAGAAGUGCUUUUCAGAUUUGAACAGAGCAAUGACUACACUUCCCGUUUCUUUCCCAUCUCACCAGUCAAUGCUGAUUCAAAUUCGCCAAAUGUUGUUGCUAUUAACGUGAGCCCAAUUGAGUACGGACAUGUGCUUUUGAUACCACGUGUUCUUGACUGCUUGCCUCAGAGGAUCAACCAUGAGAGCUUCUUGCUUGCCCUGCAUAUGGCUAAAGAAGCUGCAGAACCCUUCUUCAGACUGGGUUACAACAGCUUGGGUGCCUUUGCAACCGUUAAUCACCUCCAUUUUCAGGCUUAUUACUUAUCAACGCCCUUACCAGUUGAGAAAUCCCCGACUCAAAGAAUAAUGAUAGGCAAUAAGGAGCUUUCGGAUAGAGGAGUGAUAGUUUCACAGUUGUUGAAUUAUCCAGUGCGAGGUCUUGUUUUUGAGGGUGGAAUUAAAUUGCGUGACUUAUCUGACGCUGUUGCUAAUUCUUGCAUUUGCCUUCAAAACAAGAACAUUCCUUUUAAUGUUCUCAUUGCUGAUUGCGGGAAAAGAGUCUUCCUGUUCCCGCAGUGUUAUGCGGAGAAACAAGCACUUGAAGAAGUGAGUGAGGAGCUUCUGGACACUCAAGUGAAUCCCGCUGUGUGGGAAAUCAGCGGUCAUAUGGUACUGAAGAGAAGGAAGGACUAUGGUGGUGCAUCCGACGAGAAUGCCUGUAGACUUCUCUGCGAGGUUUCUCUGUCAGAGGAGAGAUUCGAAGAGGUGAAAGCCCACAUCCUGGAAGCAGCUCAUUUGCAUGACACUGGAUCAGAGGAAAACAGUGCAAACAAGGAAGAAUCUCUUCACGAACCUCAUUCACCCCAUGUUGCUUCAAAUUUUACUCAAGAUUGUGUGGUUCUGCAAUGAAAGGAUUGAUUUUUCGCAACAUAUUGCAACAUUUGGUGCCUCUCUAUUAGUUUUAGUUCCGAAACAGAAACUAAUAUGGUAUGUGAUUUGGAUGGGAUUUCUGGCUGUAGCCACCAUCUGUUUUGAAUUGUUGUACAUAUAUUUCUUUUGGAUGGAAUUGGUAUUAUAUUCUAUCAUGGGUUUUGCCUCCUUGACAUU